AUGAUACAAAAUUAUUGUCAAAUUGCCCGCAAGGAACGCAGAACUUUUAUAGCUUCUAAAAUUCUUCAGAAAAAUGCAGUCGGCCAAGAACUGUAUGAACAGGUGUUCUAUGCACUGGAUCUGGAUGAGCGCGAUUACUUCGGGUUACAGUUCAUGGAUCAUUAUCAUGUACAGCAUUGGUUGGAUCCAGUAAAACGAAUUACCAAACAAGUACCAAUUGGACCACCGUUCACAUUUCGUUUUCGCGUCAAAUUUUACACAUCAGAGCCGAAUAAUUUGCGCGAAGAGUUGACCAGGUAUCAGUUUUUCUUGCAACUGAAACAGGAUAUUCAGUCUGGAAAACUGGAAUGUCCCAGAGAACUAGCUUGUGAGCUCGCUGCACUGGCUCUACAAUCAGAACUCGGUGAUUACAAUCCUGUGGAGCACACUGCAGCCCUGAUUUCAGAAUUUCGCUUUCAUCCAGAACAAGACGAAGAAAUGGAAAUUGCAAUUCUGGAAAAAUUUACUACGUGCAGGUGUUAUAUUUUUUCAAAGGGCUUGUAAUA